AUGUCAUGGGAUAAUGUGACCUCGGACACCAUCGCAAACUGUUUUCGCAAAUGUGGAUUUAAAACUGGACCGGACGCAGCUCCGACAGGAGAUAGUGAAGAGCCCGAUGAGGACUUUGGAAUUGAAGGCUGGGGGAGUCUGCAAACUCAAGCUUCCGUUCACGACUUCGUCACCGCGGACGACAACGUCGCGACCUGCGGGUUAAGAUCGAUUGAAGAAUUGGUCGACGAAGUGAAUGAAGUCGAGAGUGAGAGUGAUGAUGAAGAGGCUGACGUGUGUGACCAGCUGCCGUCGACGUCAGAAAGCCUUAACGCCCUCGAUGUUCUACGCCGCACCGUAAGUGCCGGCAACGUGAGCGACGAAACCGCUGCACGAUUUUAUGCCUUUCAGGCCGGUCUCGUCAACGACCUCGAGGGCAAGAAAGUGCAAGCAAACAUAACGGACUUUUUCGGCCGGAAGUAG